UCGCGUAAAAUGUUUAAUAAUUUGCUUUCUGUUAAUAAAAUAGUACACAAUUUAAACUUUGUUCGAUUUAUAAAUAAUAAUGUUACAAGUAUCACUAAAAUCCAUAGGGAGAUUUAUACCAGGAUGUAUCCAACAAAAGUGGUAUUAUCUAAUGGUGCCUCCAUAAACAUAAGGUAUCAUGAGCCAAGGAAAAUAAUAAGACUGCCUUUGAAUAUGAGUCUUCUGUCUGAAGAGGAAAGAAAGCUUCGUCUAGAAAAACGAAAGCCUAAAAGAAAAAUUAAAGUGUCUGACACUUUGGAGGAUAAUUUCAACGCAAAGAAAUAUUUAAAGUAUAUUAAAAAAUAGUUU